AUGAAAAACCAGACCACAGUGACUGAAUUCACAUUGGUCUCCUUUCCUGUUGUCCAAGAGCUUCAGAUUUUGCUAUUUGCCAUUCUCCUGCUGGUUUAUAUGCUCACAAUAGCAGGAAACAUUAUUAUCAUUUCCUUAAUAUGGACAGACAAUCGUCUUCAAACCCCAAUGUACUUCUUCCUCAGUAAUCUGUCAUUUCUGGACAUUUUGUUCACAACUACCAUUGCUCCAAAGUUGCUAGCUUGUCUCUUAGAAGAGAGAAAGACCAUAUCCUUUGCUGGCUGCAUCACACAAACGUAUUUCUACUUCUUUCUGGGGACAGUGGAGUUUAUCCUCUUGGCAGUGAUGUCCUUUGACCGCUACGUGGCCAUCUGUAACCCCCUGCGCUAUACCAUUGUCAUGAACAGCAGAGUCUGCCUCCUGCUCGUCCUGGGCUGCUGGGUAGGCGCCUUUGUGUCCGUGCUGUGUCCAACAAUUAUAGUGUCCAGAUUACCAUACUGUACUAGAGAAAUUAGUCAUUUCUUUUGUGACAUUGCCCCCUUACUUCAGGUGGCCUGUGUUGACACCCACUUCAUUGAGCUGAUAAACUUCCUCUUGUCUUCCCUGGUGGUCCUGAGUUCACUGGUGCUCACCACUGUGUCCUACAGCUACAUCAUUUCCACCAUCCUGCACAUCCCCUCUGCCCAAGGACGUCAGAAGGCCUUCUCUACCUGUGCUUCUCACAUCACUGUGGUCUCCAUUGCAUAUGGGAGCUCUAUCUUCAUGUACGUGAGGCCUAACCAGAGCUAUUCGCUGGAUUUUGACAAAGUGACAGCUGUCCUCACUACAGUGGUGACCCCUCUUCUAAAUCCCUUCAUUUAUAGCUUGAGAAAUGAAAAGGUAAAGGAAGUCUUGAAGGAGUCAAUUAGCAGGUUAGUUUUACCACAUUCCAAAGGAACCUGA